UGGUGCUGUUGACCAGAACUCGAGCAGCUCAGUCCCACCCCAGGAAAUGACAUCAUUACUUUAUAAAUGAGAUUCAUGUUCUAAACUUGUAUUUCUGCAGAAACAGGCACAAUAAAGGCUGCUGAACUGAGAGCAAACUUUUAUAUAUUUCAUGACAAAAAUGUUUAUUAUUAUAUACAUUUACGCGGUUCUCUUGUCUUUAGUCACAGAAGCUGUUCUGGGAGUGACACUGGAGCAAAAAGAUCUCUUGAUGACAAAAGAAGCUGUUCUGGGAGUGACACUGGUGCAAAAAGAUCUCUUCUGGACAAAAGGUGAAGGCAAAACUGUGUAUAUCAGCUGCAAAGUGACUGAUUUAUCCAGUAGCAAUUAUGUCCAUUGGUACCAAAAGAAAGACGGUGAAGCUCUCACAAGGAUCCUAUAUGUCAACAGUGGAGGCUCACUGGUUCAGGAUCCUAACCAUCCUGAAGCAAAGGACUUCACUGUGAGGAUACAGUCUGAUAAUUACGAUCUGAAGAUAGAAAGCCUGAAGAAAAUUCAUGAAGCAGUGUAUUACUGUGCCAGCUGGGCAGGCUUACACAGUAACAGUAAAUAUUCACAGCACGUAGAGAACUAUCUCCUUCUAAAGGACAGUAAGACAAAAGAAGUUGAUAGCGGACUUCAGCACGAUGCCGAAGAGGAACUACCAGCCACUUACUACCAGCCACUCACAAAACUCAGGACUUCUGGAGUCAAACCUCCAACACCAAAGGAUGAGAGAGGCAUACUUCUAGAUCAUGUCAAUGAGGUCAUAUUUUUGUUAUUGAACAUCACGCUGUGGGACUGGGUGAAGGUUUUCGGCUCAGGAACAAGACUUUAUGUAACAGACGAAAAGGUGAAAAAGCCUCAAUUGACCGUGUAUCCGGUAUUCAAGCCUAAAGAAACUGAUGGAAAGUCUGUGUUGAUGUGCCAGGCGAGAGACAUGUACCCCGACCUGGUGAGAUUCACCUGGAAAGCAAAAGAUCUCAAAGGACAAGACGUGAACCUGGGAGAUGAUGAGCGUCUGGAGCAGACCGACAAGACAAACAAGACAGACAAGGAUUCGGAAGUCAGAAUAACCAGCAUGCUCAUCGUAAAUAACCAGAAAGCCAUCGAAAACAAAUUCACCUGCUCAGUUCAACAUGACAGUGAUCAACAAGAGACGUUGUCCAUUCCAACAGAUGAAGACCUUCGUGAGAAUAAGCCAGAUUCUGAGGCCUGUUCUACUCAAAAACCAGAAGAUGAGAAGGAGGAAGAAGAAGAAAUUGAGAAUUUUGGUUUGUUUGAGCUCAGUCGCAAACUUUACCUGUUCAUUGUGACGUAUGUGUUACUGCUGGUGAAGAACGUGUUUUAUUUCUGCAUCGUCUCUGUCUUACGAUGCAUGAGAAAUCCUGCUCCCAUGGAGAUGAUACGAGGCAAAGUUCGAUGAUCAGCCAAACAGAAUAACUCAACACGUCAAUGUGUCACAUUCAUUUGACAAUAAUUUUGCCUACAAUUUACUUUUAGCGUAGCUUUUAUUAUUUCUGUGUUUAAAUAAGUUGAAGAAAAAGAAUUUUAAAUAUUCAUCUGCUUCUAUGCUCUUUCUACUCAUCUAUGAUACCAAACUAUAACUACUGCUUUUCAUUUAUCUUGUUGGGUCUUGAUUGUUAAAGAUGAACAGUUGUUUUAUUAAAAUAUUAAAAAAAAAAAAAAAUAUAUAUAU